AUGCCUUUCUCCAAGCGGGUCGUGGAGCCGCAGCUCCUGUGCAGAGUCCAGAUCCCGAACGAGGAGGGUCUGCUGUUCGAGGACCUGUGCGCCAUCAGUAACGGGGUUCUGUCCCGGACCCUGCGGCAGCUGUCCGAGCUGGCCCGGCACGCCUGCUCCCUGUUCCAGGAGCUGGAGCACGAAAUCCUGAGCACGAGCCAGCGCGUGUGGGUCCUCCAGACCAGGACGGUCCAGAUCCAGCAGACCGCCGGGGCCCUGGACCCCAAAAAGGAGGCUGUGCCGGUGUCGAACUUGGAUGUUGAGAGCAAGUUGUCGGCUCACUAUCAGGCUCCAUGGCAUCAGCAGCACAAUGUUUUUCAUCCCUGCACCCGAGCGCCGUGUCUGGAGGAGCUGCACAGGAACGCCCAGCUCAGCCUCCGAGCUCUGCACCGAGAUGAACAGCAGCAGCGUUCCUCAAGUCGGGAGAGAAACAGGGUGACCAUUUCCAUCUCGGUGGCACCACCCAUGCCCACCUUUCCCUCACCGCACACCAUCCGCCGGCAGCAGAGGAGUCGCCUGGCACGAGCGCAGGAGAGAGUAGAGCGGGAGCGGGAGCAGGACUACCAACCCAGGAAGGAGAGGCCUGUGAGAGAAACAGAGAUUCAGACUACGGAGAAAAAGGAGAGGCCAGCCAGAGAGGCAGACAGUCAAACAAUCCAAAGAAAGGGUACCUCUACAGAGGAAGGUGAAAUGCCCGAGGUGUUGGGAGGCCAAAAAGCCAAGGACUCGGUCCACAGUGCCCCCCCAACCCAGGACAAACAAACAAACUGGUCCAAGGAAAACAUCCCGCCUUCAGAUCAGAUAUCGGAUGAUUCUAACGCCAUCUCCUCGUGCAUCAUUCCCAUUAAUGUUACAGGAGUCGGGUUCGACCGCGAGGCCAGUGCUCGUUGCUCUCUGGUUCACUCCCAGUCAGUCCUUCAGAGGCGGAGGAAGCUGAGGAGGAGGAAGACCAUCACAGGAAUACCCAAACGAGUGCAGCAUGACAUGGACUCGGAUGAAUCACCAGUAGCAAGGGAGCGGACAGUGAUCAUCCAUGCCCAUGCACACCAACUGUCUCUGUGUCAGGAGGACGUCUCCAUCAGUGGUCGUCUCCAUCACACCCGAGACUCUGGCUGCCAGACAGAUGAUUUCCUUAUAGCAUCUGCUCCUUCCAGGAGGCGGAUUAGAGCUCAGCGCAGCCAUCAGGGAAUCCCUGCCUCUUUGUCCCAUUCAACGGGCAACAUUUCCUCCCUGGGUGAUCAGUCAGACUCAACGUACACCAUGGCAUCAGCGCACGGCGGGCGAUUGCGCUCACGCAGCCUUCCACGAGAAGGUGGGCGUCUGAUGGACAGUGACGAGGAUGAUGAUGAUGACAAUUAUGAUGAUGAUGACGAUGAUGAAGAGCUGUCACCUUAUGAAGCAGAGGACUUCAUUCCACAAGGGCCAAGCCCAAGAAUGAAGAUGAUGCUGAUGAAGGAUGAAGAAGAGAGCACCGAUGAUCAAGCUGCUCCUGAGCCACUGCAACUUGGAAGUCUGAAAAGACUCCAGCGAUCUGGUGAAAGAGACAGAGGAGGUGGAGGAGGCGGGAGUCCAGAGCACAGCUGGAUGGAGAGAGGCCGUUCUCGUUUACCUCGCAAGGCUGACAUGGGCAGCUGUGAGAUCUCUUCCAGUUCUGAUACUUUCAGCAGCCCUAUUCAUUCUGUGUCAACAACAGGAGUUCUAGGCAGCCAUGUGGACCACAAGGAAGACCACCAGUCAUCAAGUGGGAACUGGAGUGGUUCUAGCUCCACCUGCCCCUCACAAACUUCUGAAACCAUUCCUCCACCCUCUUCUCCACCCCUCACAGGCUCGUCCCACUGUGAUUCAGAGCUGUCAUUGAACACUGUACCCAAUGCCACUGAUGAAGGAUUUUCGCUAGACCCUUCGUACCCCUCUGACCUCAGACCCCAGAGCCAGGGCCACAGGUCAAGCUCGUUUACGUCCUCAGCCACAGACCAGAUGGAUGAUGCAGGAGUCAGCACGGCCAGUGAAGGGGAGUGGACAUACCCACCUGACCAAGAUCAGCUUGAUCCGGACCAAGACCUUGACCACACUCCAAACUUGAAUGAAAGCCAUGAGUUAAUCCAAGAAUACAGCUCAAAACAAGGCCUGGAUGACCAGACAUGUUUCAAUGACAAAACUAGCAAUGCUGAAAAAGAGUCUGGCCCUCAUUACCGAUCUGAUACAGAAGGUUUCUACUCAUCCUCUGGGAAUUUUGAUGCAUGUAAUCAGAGUUACACAGCAUACAAAUGUAACUAUGCAGACCCAGGGCCUGACUGUGCUCACUCCAGCACUGUGGCAAUAAAAUCAUCUCAUGGAGUUUACCCCCAGCGUUUAGCUGACAUCAAAGCUGGCACUAUGACCCUUGGUAGGACUUGUCGUUCCCUAAGGAAAUCCAAAGUCAAACCUCUUCCACCCAAACGAACGUCCUCGUUGAAGGAAUCAAAUAGCAGUGUUGACAUUGGAACAGACACGCAAGCAGAUAAGGAUGAACCAAAGAUGGUUAGUGAGCAAGAACUGACCUCGUCUUCCACAUAUAUGAAACUAGAACUAGACCUAGAAAUUGGAGGCGCUCCAGAACCAUUGCAGACUUCUUGUCUAGUGGCAGAUUCUUUGGGUAGUUGGGGCAUGGGACUGGGGGAAGCCUUGGACAUAGUAGAGCCCAUGUCCUUCACUUCUGCAGAUACACACUCGUUUAAGGAUGAAGGUGCUGUGCAGUCAGACUAUGCAGACCUAUGGCUUCACAACAGUGAAUUGAAGUCUAACAAUUGUGAGUACACGUCAAUGUCCAACUCAAGCACAGCCACAGGAACCACUGUCAUGGAGUGUGUCAAGUCACCAGACAGCUCUUCUUCCUCCACAGAAAUGCAAACCCAGGCCAUUGCCCAGAUUAUAGAGACCAAGGCAAGCAGUCCACCUCUUCCACCUGGAGAUUUUAAGCUUGGGUCCCCUGAAAAACUGGCUGGUCUAGCCUCACCGUCAAGUGGCUAUUCCAGCCAAUCAGAAACUCCAACAUCAACUUUGCCCUCAUCUUCAGCAGCAUUCUUCCCAGGACCCCUGUCCCCUUCAACUGGUAAAAGAAAGCCUAAAGUUCCAGAAAGGAAAUCAUCUCUCUCUUCCUUACAGCAGUUCCCCAGAGAUGGAGCUUCCAUUUCCUUUUGCAACAAGAGAGAUGAUUUCCCACCUCCACCCUCUCAACUUGAUCUUAAUGCUCUCCACGGUGGCUAUGUGAGACACACGUUAUCCCAUCGGACAUACCACAUGCACACACUUCACCACAGCAAACACAGAGUUACAAAUGUUUCAGCUACUGGAACAAAAAUGGUGCCCCCUGAGGCAUCAAACAGCAACCCACCACCAAGUUCAAGCUCUGCUUCAGCAGUUCCCUGCUCAAAUUUGGUGACAUUACCUCCAUCUGCUCCUCGUUUAGAACAGCUACAUUCUGUUAGCCAACAAUCUACAGAUUCACAGAGUACUUUCACAACAUGCCACGAAACAGCAAAUGCAGCAGAAAUAGUAACAAGACCCAGACGUCUCCCCAGUAAUUCCACACUAGCUCCUCCACCUGUUAACACUAGGCCCCUCCCUCCUCGCAGGCCACCACCUAGACCGCCAUGUCAUGAUCACACCUCUUCUCCCGAACACUCACAACCACCACCCCCUGGCCGUCACCCUGAUGGACCUCCAUCCUAUGAAAGUCUGCUACUAAGACAGGACCGCUAUGGACCGGGAACCUUCUGGGCUAUGACUGCCUUUAGAACCAGGAUAGACCCAACAUCGGACCAUUCUGAAGACAGUUCACCCCUUCACAGACCAGUGCCACGAGCUCCCCACCCUUCGCCUGUGGAUUUGCACACACAUAUCCACUCACAUGCAGAGUUCAGAGGGCUCAGUCAUUCAACUCACGCACACUCCGAAUUUAGGGUUCUGGGAGAGCGCUCAUUUUCUCAAGACGACGAUGAUGAUGAAGAUGAUGAAGAGGAGGGGGAAGAGCAGGUGAAAGAGUCACAGAAGGCUGUGUGUUCUAGAGGCGGUAUGAGAUCUGACCACCCUCCUCCCCCAGCAUAUGAAUUUGCUGGGGGAUCUCACUCAAACUCAGGGUCAUGGGCUAGUCCAGUUAAAGUGCCUGGUAACACAACUGAGACAUCGCAUCCUUACCUAAUCAGCGAUACACGAAAAUGGGGACAAGAAAUGCAGGAAGAAGAGAGAGAGGUGAUAUCAGGUGCUACCAGAAGUGCCCAUCAGCAUCAGCAACCCCAGGAGAGCAAAGAUGACUCAACCACUCCAGACACUGAGGAUUACUUCAGUAAAGAUUCCACACCUAGUGACAAUUCACUUUCCCCUCUGAUGGAUGAUACCAAAGUGGAUGAAGAUAUUAUUAUCACAUCACCUAACAAGAGUCGUACAACUGAGGACCUGUUUGCCAUGAUACACAGGUCCAAGAGAAAAGUCCUAGGCCGUAAAGAUUCAGGAGACCUAAACGUGAAGUCUCGUCUUUGUCCUACUGCACCAGUAACAACCAGCAGCGCCCCCAUCGGCGUGGUCCCUCCAGCCCCUCCUCUUAACUUUCCAGCUACUAUAGCCAAUGCUGUUGGGUCCCAACGAGCCCCCGUGCCAAUUUAUCGCAGCGCUAAAAAAUCCAGCACGUCCAACGAGGAGUUUAAACUUCUUUUGCUGAAAAAAGGCAGUCGGUCUGAUUCUAGCUACCGUAUGUCAGCCACAGAGAUCCUGAAGAGCCCCAUCACACCCAAAACACCGGGAGAUUCUCUUCAGGAAGGGCCCUUCAGACAAGCCGAAGAGUCGUCAUCUACACUUCAAGAGCCCACCUUUUCUGGCCCUGACCCAAUCCAAAUACCAGGCCUUUUCCCCAGAGCCAACUCUGAGAGUUUCAUCCCCAAAACCCUGCCCAUGUCAGCCGCAUCUCGACAAGGACGCUCUCGGAUCCCUCCAGUUGCCAACAGCAGUCGAUACAGUACGCGCAGCCGCCUCUAUACAGCGCCCAUGCAAGCCAUCUCUGAAGGGGACACAGAAAACUCAGACGGGAGCCCUCACGAUGACAGAUCGUCAUAAAAUGAGGUUUCUUCUCCGUCCUUAGUUGCGGUCUGCCUUUUCUCCUUUUCUAACCUGUGUAAUAGUUGGAUUCUUUUGACUUAAAAAGAUCAUUUAAAAAUGACUGUUGCUGAAAUGCACCCAGUUCCAUUUACACUAUUCUAAGGGUGGAAGACUUGUGAGAAAGUAAAGUUCAAAAAAAGGGACGAUCGUGAAAUCUUAAAGACGUAUUUGAAUACUUUAUGGAAUAGCUCUCUUAUUUAAAACUGCAAGACCUAUUUUGAUUGAACUGCCUUUUUUCAACAAAACAACAAAAAAAAACUAACAAAAAAAAACCUGUCCCAAAUAUUUGGAAAAUAGCAGAAUAUAUUGUGUGGAUUGAAGACAAUGUGUGUGUGCAUGAAAACACACACACAAAACUCACUAAUAUUUCCACUUUUUGUGUUUGGAAUAGUGUGGGUGUGAAAGUGUCACAUGGGAACUCAUUUCUCUUUAAUUUAUUUUUCAGAAUUAUUCUUUUAAAUAAAAGGUGCCCAACACAACGAACAGACUUCCUAGAGUUUAUACUCAGUAUUCCUGCCAACAAGUCGUCUGCUUGAUGUUACUACCAACAUUCUCAGCACCAAUUUAUCUACUAUAUUUUCAUCUGCAGACCAACUACAGAGUAUAUUACACAAAGCCAAUCUUAUAUUUGUCAACAAAAAUGAUACCUAAAAAAAAAAUAAACAAAAAUGAUGCAUGUAUUUUUGUAAAACUGCGCCUCAGAAAGUUAUAAGACUUCAACAUGUUGCAUGGCAUUUGUGGAAAAAUCCCCUGGAUCCUGGUUUCUGUCAACAUUUUGUUGUUCUUAUGUAUUAUAGCAAAAAUGAACCAUU